AUGUAUGGGAGUGCUCGUUCAGUUGGUAAAGUUGAACCAAGUAGUCAGAGUCCUGGGCGUUCACCUAGGCUUCCUCGUUCCCCUCGUUUGGGCCACCGCCGAACCAACAGCACUGGAGGGAGUUCUGGAAGCAGUACCGGAGGUGGCAGUGGUAAAACUCUUUCAAUGGAAAAUAUCCAGUCCUUAAAUGCCGCCUAUGCCACAUCAGGGCCUAUGUACUUAAGUGAUCAUGAAAAUAUGGGUCCAGAUACACCUAAAAGCACCAUGACUCUUGGCCGUUCUGGGGGCCGACUGCCUUAUGGUGUUAGGAUGACUGCUAUGGGCAGCAGCCCUAAUAUUGCUAGCAGUGGGGUUGCCAGUGACACCAUAGCAUUUGGAGAACAUCAUCUCCCUCCUGUGAGUAUGGCAUCCACUGUACCUCAUUCACUGCGCCAGGCGAGGGAUAAUACGAUUAUGGAUCUACAGACACAAUUGAAGGAAGUGUUACGGGAAAAUGAUCUGUUACGGAAGGACGUGGAGGUGAAGGAGAGUAAAUUGAGUUCUUCAAUGAAUAGUAUCAAGACCUUUUGGAGUCCUGAACUGAAGAAGGAACGAGCCUUGAGAAAAGAUGAAGCUUCCAAAAUCACUGUUUGGAAGGAACAAUAUAGAGUUGUACAAGAAGAAAAUCAGCACAUGCAGAUGACAAUCCAGGCUCUCCAGGAUGAAUUGCGGAUCCAGAGGGACCUAAACCAGCUAUUUCAGCAAGACAGUAGUAAUAGAGCUAAUGAACCCUUUGCAGCAGAGCUGACAGAGGAGAACUUUCAGAGACUACAUGCUGAACAUGAGAGGCAAGCCAAGGAACUCUUCCUUCUUCGUAAGACCCUUGAAGAAAUGGAGUUGCGUAUUGAGACUCAGAAACAAACAUUGAAUGCUCGAGAUGAGUCUAUAAAAAAGCUCUUGGAGAUGUUGCAGAGUAAGGGACUGUCUGCCAAAGCAACUGAAGAAGACCAUGAGAGGACAAGACGACUGGCUGAGGCAGAGAUGCAUGUACACCAUCUGGAAAGUCUCCUGGAGCAAAAGGAAAAAGAGAACAACAUGUUGAGAGAGGAGAUGCAUCGGAGAUUUGAGAAUGCUCCUGACUCUGCUAAAACAAAAGCCCUGCAAACUGUUAUUGAAAUGAAGGAUUCAAAAAUUUCCUCCAUGGAGCGUGGGCUCCGAGAUUUGGAGGAGGAAAUCCAGAUGUUGAAAUCUAAUGGAGCUUUGAGUACAGAAGAAAGAGAAGAAGAGAUGAAACAAAUGGAAGUCUAUCGCAGCCAUUCCAAAUUCAUGAAAAACAAGGUAGAGCAACUGAAGGAGGAGCUAAGUGCCAAAGAGACUCAAGGGGAAGAGCUGAAAAAGAGAGCGGCUGGUCUCCAGGCUGAGAUCGGUCAGGUGAAACAAGAGCUGUCUCGAAAGGACACAGAACUCUUAGCCUUGCAGACAAAGCUAGAAACACUUACAAAUCAAUUCUCAGAUAGUAAGCAACAUAUUGAAGUGCUAAAGGAAUCAUUGACUGCUAAGGAACAGAGAGCUGCCAUCUUACAGACAGAGGUAGAUGCACUUCGAUUAAGGUUGGAGGAAAAGGAGACUAUGCUGAAUAAGAAGACAAAACAGAUACAAGAGAUAGUUGAAGAGAAAGGAACUCAAGCAGGAGAAAUACAUGAUCUGAAGGAUAUGCUGGAUGUGAAGGAGCGGAAAGUCAAUGUUCUACAGAAGAAGAUCGAAAAUCUUCAGGAACAACUUAGAGAUAAGGAGAAACAAAUGAGCAAUUUGAAGGAACGAGUCAAAUCUCUACAAGCUGAUACCACCAAUACUGACACUGCAUUGACUACACUGGAAGAAGCCCUUUCAGAGAAGGAAAGGACAAUUGAACGAUUGAAGGAGCAGCGGGACAGAGAUGAGCGGGAGAAACAAGAAGAGAUUGACAAUUAUAAGAAAGACCUCAAGGAUUUGAAGGAAAAAGUUAGCCUCUUGCAAGGAGACCUCUCUGAGAAAGAGGCUUCACUCUUAGACCUCAAGGAACAUGCUUCUUCUCUGGCUUCCUCAGGACUAAAGAAAGAUUCAAGACUUAAGACACUGGAGAUUGCUUUGGAGCAGAAGAAAGAAGAGUGUCUGAAAAUGGAAUCACAAUUGAAAAAGGCACAUGAAGCAACACUAGAAGCCAGAGGCAGUCCAGAAAUGAAUGACCGAAUCCAGCAGUUAGAGAAGGAAAUUACACAGCAUAGAGAUGAAUCCAGUAAGUCCCAGGCAGAGGUAGACCGUCUUCUGGAAAUUUUAAAGGAGAUGGAAAAUGAGAAGAAUGAUAAAGAUAAGAAGAUAGCUGAGCUGGAGAGACAAAUAAAAGACCAAAAUAAGAAGGUUGCCAAUCUGAAACACAAGGAGCAAGUGGAGAAAAAGAAGAGCGCGCAGAUGCUUGAGGAGGCUCGGCGGAGGGAAGACAAUCUCAAUGACAGCUCUCAGCAGCUCCAGGACAAUCUCCGUAAGAAGGAUGACAGAAUUGAAGAACUGGAAGAGGCACUAAGGGAAAGUGUACAGAUAACUGCUGAACGAGAAAUGGUGCUAGCCCAAGAGGAAUCAGCCAGAACCUUUGCUGAAAAACAGGUGGAGGAAUUGAUGAUGGCUAUGGAAAAGGUAAAACAGGAACUAGAAUCCAUGAAAGCAAAGCUAAUUUCUACUCAACAAUCAUUAGCAGAGAAGGAAACUCAUUUGACCAAUCUUCGGGCAGAAAGAAGGAAACAUUUGGAAGAAGUCUUGGAGAUGAAGCAAGAAGCUCUCCUUGCUGCCAUUAGUGAAAAAGAUGCCAACAUAGCUCUUUUGGAGCUUUCCUCCUCCAAGAAGAAGACGCAAGAUGAGGUAGCUGCAUUGAAACGUGAGAAGGAUCGUCUGGUUCAGCAGCUGAAACAGCAGACUCAAAAUCGCAUGAAGCUGAUGGCUGACAAUUAUGAGGAUGAUCACUUCAAGUCUUCUCAUUCCAGCCAAACCAACCACAAACCCUCCCCAGACCAGAUAAUCCAGCCCCUCUUAGAACUUGACCAGAACCGCAGCAAAUUGAAGUUGUACAUUGGACAUUUGACGUCCCUCUGCCAUGACAGAGAUCCCCUGAUCCUGCGAGGACUUAGUCCACCUUCUUCCUAUCACCUGGACGAUGAUCGGGCAGCUUGGGAAAGUGAGCUGCAGAAGAUGACCCAGGAGCAGCUUUGCAGUGAAUUAGAAAAGGGUGAGCGAGACAAUGCAGAACUGCAGGAAUUUGCCAACGCCAUACUUCAACAGAUAGCCGAUCACUGCCCCGACAUCCUGGAACAAGUGGUCAAUGCACUAGAGGAGUCCUCCUGA